UCAAUUAUGGCUUGGAUCAAUAGCAAACUUUUCUUCACUUCUCUUAUGAUUCUUGUGGCACUUAUUGGGGUUGGAGUAGGAGGAACGGUUCACAAAGUCGGCGACUCGAGCGGAUGGACCAUGAUGGGUGUGGAUUACCAAGCUUGGGCUUCUUCAAGAACUUUUCAAGUAGGAGACUCACUGGUCUUCGAAUACAACAACGAGUUCCACGACGUCACUGAAGUCACUCCCCAUGAUUUCGAGCUAUGCUACUCGUCUAAUCCGUUAGCGAGGUACCAAACUGGAUCAGACACGGUAACUCUAACCAAACCAGGAUUUCAACACUUCAUAUUGGCUUACGUUACCACCAGCGGGGCAUGGUGGUUCAAUGCACUCAUCUUAUUUACUAACACCACUUGUGGUGGUUGUCCGCUCACUUGGACCAGUUUCUCCAUCGAAGCUUUCACAGGACUUUGGGAAUUCGGUAAGCUCUCUUUGUCCUCCGAAUCAUGA